AUGAACUGCCCUUCGCGCAACGACGACAUCACGCUGGAGCACCCGGACUGGAACCAGAAUCCGCCCUUCCUCUCCGCCGACCUCACCACCUGCGAGGAUCUGAACGGCAUUGCCAACGCCCGCGAGCAACGCAGGGCCAGGGGCGGCGCCGGCGAUGGAUCCGACGGCCGGGGUGACGACAUGAAUUACCAGACGUUGCCACGUCUGCAGCCCGAUCGAAGGCUGCGCGUUUCGGGAGGGUGGAAACACGGUUUCCAUCCCCGAAACAAAAAGGUGCAUGGUGGUGAUGACCAUACACCUCUCCUUUGGGCAUCUGCGCCCGCCCGCUCCGCCCUCUGGGGCUGGGUGAGCUGGAUCAUGUCCGUCAUUGGCUGCUCAGCCAUUAUCUCUGCCCUCAAGAGCCCCGAGGCUGUCGCGUCUUUCCUCGUCGCGACCAAAGAAACUGCUCAUUCCGUCACCAAGCGCCACGCCCACACUCACGACCACGUCCGCAUUACCGCCCGCUCAACCUGCCCUACCGGCGGCCUCGGCGACGAAGCAGCCUACAACACGCCCCUCCACGUCGGCGCCCUCUUCAUCAUCCUCGCAACCUCCUUCCUCGCUUGCGCCUUCCCGCUCAUCGCGAAGAGUAUCCCCGGCAUCCGAAUCCCCCGUCCCUUCUUCUUCGCCGUUCGCCAUUUCGGCACCGGCGUCCUUCUGGCCACCGCCUUCGUCCAUCUCCUGCCGACGGCCUUCACCCUCCUCGGUAACCCAUGCCUCAGUUCUUUUUGGGUCGAGGACUACCCCGCCAUGCCGGGCGCCAUCGCUCUGGCCGGCAUCUUCCUCGUCACCAUCAUCGAGAUGGUCUUCUCCCCUGCCCGCCAGAUGAGCUGCCGCCCCGAUGAGGCCGUCCUCGCUCCGAACCAACCAGAGGGCGGCGAUGAGGCCGAUCAGGGGCAGCAGCAGCAGCGCGGCGAGAAGCGCGUCAUCGUUGACGAGGAAAACCGCGCCGUGCAAGUCAACUCCAACGGCGGUAUCGUCCUGACCCCGGCACAGCAGCACCAAAAGGACAUUCUCCAGUGCAUGAUGCUCGAAGUCGGUAUCCUCUUCCACUCCGUCUUCAUCGGCAUGACUCUCUCCGUCUCCGUCGGCCACGAAUUCGUCAUCCUCCUCAUCGCAAUCGCCUUUCACCAGACCUUUGAGGGCCUCGCCCUCGGCUCCCGCAUCGCAAACAUUGACUGGCCCCAGGGCAGCCUUCAGCCCUGGAUGAUGGCCCUCGCCUACGGCUGCACCACGCCCAUCGGCCAGGCCAUCGGUCUCGCGACCCACCGCCUCUACAGCCCGGACUCGGAGUUUGGCCUCAUUCUCGUCGGCACCAUGAACGCCAUUUCGUCCGGGUUGCUCGUCUUCGCUGCGCUGAUUGAGCUUCUGGCUGAGGAUUUCCUGUCCGAUGAGAGCUGGCGUGUUCUGAGGGGCUCGAAGCGCGUUUGGGCUUGCGUGCUCGUCUUCUUUGGCGCGUUUGGCAUGAGUCUUGUCGGCGCGUGGGCCUAG